UUUAUCAAGAGAAACUGUCGACUAUGUACCUAGAUUUAACGUAUAACACAAGCUACCUUGUUAAAAGCUCAUUUCUCCCAAAUGUACAGCCUGUACGCAGGGUAGGAGACGAUUAUCACUUUGCCCUGACAGAAGUGAAAAUUUAUAUUCCCAUGACCAGCGAACUGACACUGUGUGAGGUAUACACCUUGGGUG